GCGUGAUUUUCAUAAAAUUUAUUGAAGACAAUAAGGAGAUAACAAAAGUUGUUUACAACAUAUAUUUUAUUAUUUUUUUUAAUCUAAAGGGGAAUGUACAAAUAUAAUUGAUCGGUGUAUUACAUUAUAUCUAUGUUUGCAUAAGUGAUGAACUAAAGUUUGUAUAAUCUUUUUAUGUAUAUAUGUGCAUUUGCAUUGUGCAUAUGUAUGUACAUUACCUUUCGCUCGCAGAAGUUUCUUGAUUUAAAUAAAUUUAAUUAAUUUAAAGGAAUAACAAAAAUUACAAUGGCAGCAAGAAAGCAAAGCGUACAGUACUCUAGAGCAGAUCUAUUAUCUCUGCGUUAUGAAGGCAAAAGUCGACAACGUCCGCAAUGCUCAAACCGCGUCGAACUACAGACUCUAAAUUUUUGGAAAGUCAAUUUAAAUGCAGUAGCUGCAUCUUCGUCAUCAAGUUUGGCCAGCUGCAGUAAUUAUGCAAAUCGAAGUAAGGAUCGACUAUCACCGGAAACUGAUAACUCGAGUUUAAAUAGUUCAAAUAAUGGCUCUAUAAGCUCUCGUCGUGCGAUGAGAAAUCGGGAGCGGGCGAAUAACUAUUAUCAACGUUUUGUACCGGGUGUCGGCGUAGAUCCUUUGCCGAUUUGUGGUGAAGAAAAGGAGAAAUCAUUUAAAUCCCCGCCAAUCAUCGAUCAUCGCAGCAUAUCAUCAUCUCAUUUAAUGCCAGCAUUCGCCAAGCGGCGUUUUGCAGCAGUAAAUGGCGGAAAUGGAAAUGGAAGUGAGGUGACUCAAAAUCCAUGUGAUGAUGUUAAUGGUUCAGAAUUAACGGAUCGGGUUGCAAGUCCUCAGUUGACCAAACCCAGUACCACCACCGCAACGGGUUCACCUAAAAAUUUAAAAAUCAGCUGUUCAAAUUUAGAGAAUUCAGAAGGAUCAGAAACAGAGAGACGCUUACACUAUGUUCAAUUGUUUCCACAAGUAUCGCAAUGUUCAUCUCCAACACUUUCAUCGAGUCGCCUUGAAAGGCAGCGCAUUGGCAGUGGUCGUUUAUUGGUAAACUCUUUGGAAUAUAAUAAGAAUCAAAAGGCAAAAGAGUGCAGCCAGGAUAUAGAGAACGAAACUUCUUUUAAUGGAAACAAUCGUCAUCGCACUUAUAGUGGACGCAUUACCGAAAACAUAGAUCGUCGCUUUCAAUAUGACAAUAAAAGGCACACGGAUAAUAGGCAAAACAUUGUCAGUAAUCGUCGAGGUAAUAACAAAGAAGUUCCGAACAGCCGUGGAAAACGCUUAAAUACUUAUCAUCACGAGGAGCCCGAAUGGUUCAGUGCUGGGCCAACUUCGCAGCUGGAAACUAUAGACUUGCACGGCUUUGAUGAGCUAGAAAAUAAUGAAAGUGAUAAUAAGGUUGAUGAGGAAGGAGUAAGAAACAAUAUUAAUAUAUUAUCUGACAAUUUUAAAGAUAAAAAUUUGGCUGUAAUGCAAGAAGUUGACGGAUCCUCUUCUAGCGAAGAUAAAAAUGAUACUAAAGAAGAACAAAAUAAAAAUCAGUCUAAUUCUGAAACUCAAUUCAAUUUUGAUGCUUUUCUGAAUAUGCAUCCUUUGGAUACCACACUUAUGACUAACGAUGAAAUUGACAAAAACGAAAUAAAGGGUACGUCCCGUUUUAGCCGAUGGUUUCGUGGUAAAGAUUCUACAAAUAAUACUGAGCCUCUGCCGUCUUAUCAUGUGCCGUUGCAUGUUCAAGAGAAACAUGGCAUUCCCAGUGUUAAAGAUUUAGAAGCACAAAUGACCAAAGUCGAAAAGCGUCCAUCUGACUUUCAAAGGGCCGACAAUCAAAGGGCUGCUCCCGUUCCUGCUCCAUUCUCUCAGAUAACGCCAGUGGAAACGCAAAUUUCAAAAGAUACAGAGGCUUUCAAAAAGGUGCUACAACAAUUGGGGGGCUCCCAAAUUCAGCCCCAAGACAGACAGCAAGUCUCCAAGCUAGCAACAAAUGCUGUUUCAUUUAAUUUAAUUAACAACUUAAGUCCUGAGUUGCCGGUGGAAUCAAUUCGGAAAUCUGAUCAUAGAGCGCCACAACAACUGCACCUGCUAAACAUGAAUACAACUAAUAGUGCAGUCCACGACUUGGAACAAAACCGAGUGGAAAUGCAACAACUAAUGCAAAACAUUAAUCGUGGUGAUAUUUCUGUUGAAUUAUUGGAAAAGGAAUUACAUAACCCCAAUACUCCACCGCACUCUAAAGAGAUGAUUGUUUCAGUUAUUCGUGAAUUCACGCACCAUAAUAAAAGGAAUCCAGCAGCAGUAGUACAUAGCGAUCCACAUUUAGUUGUCAAUCAUCACUCAGUGUUCCCACAACAUGAAGAUAUUAUCUUUCCAGAUUUAAUUCACCUAAAUCCAGCUAAUCAUCAUGGAAUUAAUCAACAUCUUAAUAGUGGUCACACCCAUGGCAACAACAAUUCUCAAACACCCUUGGCCUUUACCCCCACAUCAGUGCUAAGGAAAAUGACUGCCGACAAAGAUACAACAUGUUCGCCACUACAAAACUCAUCUCACAACCAGCAUCUUAACCAUCAAUAUCAAUUGAAUCCACAACAACAUGUCACGCAACAAGAGCCACCAACUAUGACAGUGCAACAACAACAACCAAGAAUGAUUUUGGGCGGCGCUAGCAACUUUGCCCUCGGUCUAAAUCCACAGCAAAUGUCACCCAACUUUCAGCAGCAAUGUCGCAGCAAUCAGAAUCAAAUUCUAAAAUGGAAUUCCGGUGUAGCCAAUAUGCAUAUGAUGCAUGGAAAGUCAUUUGGUCGCCCUAUACUAAAAGGAGGCCCGAAUUCAUUGCCGCAAAUACAAAUUCCAGCAGUCGUUUCUUUAAACAAAAAAAUUGAACUACAACAGGCUCUCCAGCAGCAACAACAGCAUCACCAGCAGAUGCAACAGCAACAACAGCUUCGCUUCAAAACUUCAGUCGAAUCAAAUUUAACUGGAGAAAGUUUGCAUCAAAAUAUAAAUUUUCCCGAUGGAUACCCUCAGCAUAAUUUCCAGCAGCAGCCCAAUCUCUUAAUGCAACACCAGCAGCAGCAGCGUCAAUCUCUUCGGCCUCGUGUGAUCUAUGGCGAACUGCACCAGCAGCAUAAUCAUCAACCGAAUUUCCCAAGUGGAUUUCAUGAACUUUGCGGCGACUCUGGCAAUGUUUUGAAGAGUAAUAGCUUCCACAGAGAUGAACGGAUACCAUCGCCAUCGCCUUCCAACAAUAAUCAAUUGGCACAAUGGUUUUCACCUGAGCUCCUGGCCAAAGCUUCAGCCGGAAAGCUGCCUCAUUUGAAUCAAAGCCAAGCGCUUAGUUUAGAAGAAUUUGAACGUAGUAUUCAACAUUCCUCAGCUGUUGUACACAAUUAAAGUAAAUAAAUUUAAUGGCAGCAUAAAUUAUAACAAUAUUCUAAUAAAUAAAAAAAAACUAAAAAUUAUGUUAAAUGUUACCAUUAUAAUUUUCUCUUACUUUUUUUGUGAAUUUGUAAGCAAAACGAAUCAAAUAAGUCGUAAAAAUUCAUAUAAAAAAGGUUUUUAAACAAAAUUUUGUGGCGUGACACUAGUUUCUAAUUAAUAUAUAUGCAUAUACCCAAAACUAUUAAAAGUAUUGACACAGAAUGUAGUUGA